AUGUUUUGUCCUGAGUUUGAGCUAAAUAGUGAAACAAAGCAUGCGGGAACUAAUGAGACCGAAGAAGCAAUGGAAGGGGCACAUCAGCAUUUAAAUAGCUCUUCAAGCAAUAGUGAUGUUAAAGAUGAGAUCAAGAAUGGGCUCUACACCAAAACUGGAGACUUUAUAUUUGAAAAUAGGGAAUUCAAUAACCACGAUAAAGAGCAGACAGCCGCUGACUCGCAAACCAUAGCAAUUCCUAAUGCACAUGAAAUAAAGUCUUCACCUGAGAUUUCAUUUGGGCAGGAUACCUUGAAUAUGGUUGAUGAGUUUAUGAAGAACGAGGCUAUUGCUCAGACUAAUACUAAAAAAAGGAACGUGGUGGGUGAGAUAUUGAGGAGGUUAUUCUGUUGUUGA